AUGGCCAAUGACGACUCAGCGGCCACAGCCGCUGCUGCUCCUGCGCCUGCAGCUGCUGCUCCUUCUACCACAUCAGCAGCACAGCCAGGGCCAUCACUGGUGGCAUCGCUCUCGUCGUCGUCGUCGCCAUCCAACGGCGCAUGCGCCGAGUCGGGCGAGGCUUCGUCAUCGUCGUCGUCGUCGUCCGACUCGGAGGCGUCCGACUGCGAGGGCUCUGAUCUCGGGUUUGAGGACGUUGAUGCCGAGUGGAAGGUGCGGCAGGCUGCGGAAGAGCGGAAGAAGAUGCUCGCCGAGGUGCCGCGGACCGCCAACGAGGUGUUGAAUCCGCCGGUGGCCGACGUGUCGGCGGUGUCGGUGGCGGCGGACGAGCCGCUGGAGCUUGUGGGCACCAUCUCGUCGCAGCUCGACGCUGUGGUGGUGAUCAAAGGCCUGGAGCUCUCGCGGCCGCUGGAGGAAGGCUCGAUUCUCUGCACCCAGGACCGCAAGGUCAUCGGCGCUGUGGCCGAGACCCUGGGUCCGGUCCAGUCGCCGUUCUACACGGUCCGGUUUGGCGAUGAGGCUCAAGUGGCGGCAGCGGGGCUCGCGCUCCGAGCGCCGGUCUUUACGCCCAAGUCGCGGGCUCAGUUUGUGACUCGCAUUGAUGAGCUGAUGGCGGAGCAGGGCUCGGACGCGAGCUCGUGGAACGAUGAGGAGGUUGCCGAUCAUGAGCGCGACUUUUCCGACGACGAGGCCGAGAUGGCGGCGCGCAAGAAGCGCAAGAAACGCAAGCGGGGUGGCGACAAGCCGGGCACGCCUGCUCCUUCGGGGCGGCCGUCCAAGACCGCCAAGCCGCGCCCGCGGGCCCGCCCGGCCCCGAUCAUCCAGCCCGGCCAGUACGGCGCGCCGCGGCCUGCCCACGCCCCGCAGACUCGCCACGUCCACGGCAUGCCGGGCCCGCCGCCGACUGCCGCGAACGUCCAUCCGCCCACCCCACGCCCAACAGGCUUUGGCUUUGGCUAUCCGGCGCCAAUCAUGUCCAACUACGUGCCGCCGGCUCCUGCACUGGCGCCGCACGUCAUCCCCAUGGCGCGGCGGAUGGCCUUUGGUGGGCCACCGCCGCCGAGCAUGCACCCGCCGAGCAUGCAGCGACAGGGACCUAUGCCGCCGCCGGCCCAGCAGCACCCGACGGCUUUUCCUUCCUACGUCCCGCCGCCGUCGGCUUACCCGCCGCAGCAGCCGAGAUAA